AAAACAAACGCAGCAACAAACAGCGAACAGCGGCGGCACCGCCUCGGCAGCCGCUUUUAUAGCAGCUCCGCCGACAUCGCCGCCUCGCUAUUGGCUGCCUGUCGGCUCCGCGCGGCGCCGGGAUUCGCUAUUGGCCGGGUCUGGAAUUCGCCUUUUCCAUUGGCUGUGGAACGAGUCCUCUCGCACAGCCAAUCGCAACGGGCGCUGCCGAUCCGCCCGGGUUGUAUAUAAGGCAGGCGGCGGGGCGGGCUGGGCGUUCGUUCGGCUCUUCCGGUGUCGCUGCUGUCGCGGAGUCGCUGGAGCCAUGUCCGGGCGCGGGAAGCAGGGCGGGAAGGCGCGCGCCAAGGCCAAGUCGCGCUCGUCGCGGGCCGGGCUGCAGUUCCCCGUGGGCCGCGUGCACCGGCUGCUGCGCAAGGGCAACUACGCGGAGCGCGUGGGCGCCGGCGCGCCGGUGUACCUGGCGGCCGUGCUGGAGUACCUGACGGCCGAGAUCCUGGAGCUGGCGGGCAACGCGGCCCGCGACAACAAGAAGACGCGCAUCAUCCCCCGCCACCUGCAGCUCGCCAUCCGCAACGACGAGGAGCUCAACAAGCUGCUGGGCAAGGUGACGAUCGCGCAGGGCGGCGUGCUGCCCAACAUCCAGGCCGUGCUGCUGCCCAAGAAGACGGAGAGUCACAAAGCCAAGAGCAAGUAAAGCAGGCGGCGGGAGCGUCCGGAGUCCAGAAGCGAAACCCAAAGGCUCUUUUCAGAGCCACCCACAGAGUCGAGAAAGAGCUUGAGACGCUGCGGCCGGGGGGAAGGGAAGGGAGGCUGUACUCAUGUCCGGCUGGGUGUGCGCGGUUUGCCCGCGUUCCCUGUGCCCGCCCGGGCCGGGCUCGGUGGCAGCGCUCUGCCGGCCCGGAGCCGCUGUUUCGGGAGGAGCGCGGGACGUGCCAGAGCCAGGGGCGGCCCGCGCGCGCUUUGGGAAUGGCGCGGGCGCCGAGGGCUCCCUGGGUAGGGCCGCGGGAGGAACAGCGAAGAGCCGAGUCCGGAGCGCCGCUGCUCCAGGCGCUGCAGGCGGGUCUGCAGCUGCCUUUGCCUUUGAGCCAUGGGCGGGGAAUGGGAAAAAGAAACGCUGUGGCGCCUGGUCGUGGAGAACUUGGGCAUAUGCAGCUUACCCACAUUUUCUCAGGGAAGGGUAAUUAACCUAAAAACACUUGUCCUGUAUGGGUUUUGUGCUUUAUUCCUCCC